AUCCCUACCAAAGCCGACGAUACCUGUCAAGUCUUUUUGAAUCGACGUAUUUCGCAUUUUCACGUCCCAUCAAUUGUGCAGUAAAUCGAAUGAAUUAGUUUGUGAGUGCAUGUGGCGAUAUAUGAUCGAAAAUUUUACUUACAACAAACAUCAUUCAGUCGAUUCAUGCCGAAAGGAAUCUAUUUUGUGUGUCUGAGGAAAAGGAGGAAGGCAAAAGAGUUUUCUUAACUGUGCGCGUAAAUAAAUUUUUGUAUUAUUUCGGCCCAAUCGUCUAAACAAGGAUUACUAUAAAACAAAAAAAAAUUGUUCAUCAGCAUCAGCAGUGUUCUACACGUGUAUUAAAGAAUACCCACAACGAAAGACACAAAAUGGAUAGUCCGGCAACAACGAAAAAAAGUGGCGUGUGCAACGGCUCUGAGGAAAUAAGAACGUGUGACAGCCAGACAGGACCCGACUCCUGCUGUCUGUCGCUGAAGAAUGGAGUCGUACAGCCUCUUCUCACUGAUCUGUACCAAAUAACGAUGGCCUACGCCUACUGGAAGAACGGCAAGAUGAAGGAUCACGCCGUCUUUGAUUUGUUUUUCCGUCGGAAUCCUUUCCAUGGCGAAUUCACCAUUUUCGCCGGGCUUGAAGAGUGCCUCAAAUUUCUCGACAAGUUUCGUUAUACCGACAGCGACAUCGAAUAUCUUAGAUCGACCAUGCCGACUUCGGUUGAACCGGAAUUUUUUGACUUUUUGAAAAGUCUCACUGCUAAUGAUAUUUUGUUGUAUGCUGUCGAAGAGGGAUCGGUAGUGUUUCCAAGAGUACCACUUUUGAGAGUCGAAGGACCACUAAUCAUGGUGCAGCUUUUGGAAACGACUUUGUUAAACUUGGUCAACUUUGCAAGCUUAAUGGCUACAAAUGCAGCUAGAUACCGAAUGGUAGCUGGAAAAUCUGUAUCUCUCUUGGAAUUUGGUUUACGCAGAGCUCAAGGGCCUGAUGGGGGUUUGAGUGCUUCAAAGUACAGUUACAUUGGUGGAUUUGACGGAACCAGUAAUGUUCUUGCCGGAAAAUUGUAUGGCAUACCGGUUAAAGGAACACAUGCGCAUUCGUAUAUUAUAUCGUAUGACAGUUUUGAUGAUUUACACACUAAGACAUUGGCACAUAAAGAUACUGGAGAGGAAAUAGAUAUAUUGGAACUAGCUUGUGAAUAUCGGGAUCAAAUUGCUACAGAUGUUGGUGCUAUAGCGUCUGAAGCUUCUGAAGGAGAGCUUGCGGCUCUUAUUAGCUAUGCCAUAGCAUUUCCAGAUGGAUUUAUGGCUUUAGUAGACACUUAUGAUGUAAAAAGGAGUGGUUUGUUAAACUUUUGUGCAGUAGCUCUAGCUUUGCACGAUAUUGGUUAUAGAGCUAUUGGAAUAAGAAUAGAUAGUGGAGAUUUGGCUUAUUUAAGUCAGGCUGCUAGAGAAAUAUUCUCUAAAGUUGCUAAAAAAUUUGACCUACCAUGGUUUGCAAAGCUGACAAUUGUUGCUUCUAAUGACAUCAAUGAAGAAACUAUUGUCAGUCUGAAUGAACAGAAUCAUAGGAUAGACUGUUUUGGUAUCGGGACGCAUUUAGUAACAUGUCAGAAGCAGCCAGCGUUAGGUUGUGUAUACAAAUUGGUUGAAAUUAAUAAUCAACCAAGAAUAAAAUUAAGUCAGGAAGUAGAAAAAGUUACAAUUCCCGAUAAAAAGGCUGCCUAUCGAUUGUAUGGAGCUGACGGACAUGCAUUAAUUGACUUGAUCCAAAGAUUUGAAGAAAAUGCUCCAGAAGUAGGGCAAAAGAUUUUGUGUAGGCAUCCUUUCGAAGAGGCAAAAAGAGCUUAUGUGAUUCCAUCAAAAGUAGAAUCGUUGCACAAGUUAUAUUGGAAAAGCGGUAAAAUUGUUCACCAACUUCCAUCUAUUUUGGAAAUCAAAAACAGAGUAAAGGAAUCAUUAGCAACACUUCGCCCUGACAUAAAACGAAAACUCAAUCCUACACCAUAUAAGGUAUCUGUCAGUGAGAGUUUAUACAACUAUUUCCAUGACUUAUGGCUCCAAAGUGCUCCAAUUGGUGAAUUGGUUUAAAUAUCAGUGAAUAUUCUCAUCGUUCAUUAUAUAAUCAUUAAUAUCUAGCAAAUAUGGCAUCGCAUUUUUUUAUAUUUUUGUUUUUUUUUGUAAAA